GGUGGCGACCCCCUUGUCUCUGGUUGAAAUAACAUUAAUGUUUUGCCCCGUGAUGUAUGUCUGUCUGCAGUAACCACCGCACCGGAGUUGGGUAGCGAGCGAACCGGCCUAUCCAGCAGACACACACCAGCAGCAUGAUGUCCUACAUCAAGCAACCACAUUACGCCGUCAACGGACUCACCCUCACCGGCUCCGGCAUGGACCUUCUGCACUCGGCGGUCGGAUACCAAACGACGCCGCGGAAACAGCGCAGGGAGAGAACCACCUUCACCCGGGCCCAGCUGGACAUCCUUGAGUCCCUCUUCGCCAAGACCCGCUAUCCUGACAUCUUCAUGCGGGAGGAGGUGGCUCUGAAAAUCAACCUCCCAGAGUCCAGAGUCCAGGUGUGGUUCAAGAACCGGCGGGCCAAGUGCCGCCAACAGCAGCAACAGACGAGUGGUCAAGCCAAGGCUCGUCCGGCCAAGAAGAAGAACUCCCCGGCCAGAGAGACGGGGUCGGAAUCGACGAGUGGUGGUCACUACAGCCCCACCCCGCCGUGUGCCGGGGUGACCGCCAGCUCCACCUCCAAUGCCACCGUGUCCAUCUGGAGCCCGGCCUCCAUCUCGCCAAUCCCGGACCCCCUCUCCUCCAGCGCCUCGUGCAUGCAGCGCACGUCGACCUACCCCAUCACCUACAGCCAGGCCCAGGGCUACGGCCAGGGCUACACCGGCUCCACCUCCUACUUUAGCAGCCUGGAUUGUGGCUCCUAUCUGUCCCCGAUGCACCCCCAGCUCUCUGCCCCGAGCUCGGCGCUCAGUCCGCUCGGCACCCCCACCAUGGGUGGCCACCUCAGCCAGUCCCCGGCCUCUCUCUCCGCCCAAGGUUACGGCCCCGCUGGUCUGGGUUUCAGCACUGUUGACUGCCUGGACUACAAAGACCAAAGUUCCUCCUGGAAGCUCAACUUCAGCGCGGCUGACUGCCUCGACUACAAGGACCAAACCUCGUGGAAGUUCCAGGUUUUGUGA